GGCCCCAGGUCCACCACGCCACCCACGUCCAUACACAUAUAAGCCCUACCCUCCAACCCUACUGCUCCUGUGUUUCCUCUCGCCGCCGCCGUCGCCUCCUCUCCUCUUCCUCCGUCGCGUCGCCACCGCCUUCGCCAUGGGGAGACGACCUGCUAGGUGCUAUCGCCAGAUAAAAAACAAGCCAUACCCCAAGUCAAGGUACUGUCGUGGUGUACCUGACCCGAAGAUCAGGAUCUAUGAUGUUGGGAUGAAGAAGAAGGGAGUGGAUGAGUUCCCCUCCUGCGUCCACCUGGUCAGCUGGGAAAAGGAGAAUGUCUCCAGCGAGGCUCUUGAGGCUGCCCGUAUUGCUUGCAACAAGUACAUGACGAAGAAUGCUGGAAAGGAUGCGUUCCACCUGAGGGUCAGGGUCCAUCCAUACCAUGUCCUUCGCAUCAACAAGAUGCUUUCAUGUGCUGGGGCUGAUAGGCUCCAGACUGGAAUGAGGGGUGCUUUUGGGAAGCCUCUGGGUACCUGUGCUCGUGUGGACAUUGGCCAAGUUCUACUAUCUGUGCGCUGCAAGGAGAGCAAUGCUGUUCAUGCUGAUGAAGCCCUCCGCCGUGCCAAGUUCAAGUUCCCAGGCCGUCAAAAGAUCAUUCGCAGCAGGAAGUGGGGCUUUACCAAGUUCAACAAGGCCGAUUACAUCAAGUACAAGAGUGAGGGAAGAAUCGUGCCUGAUGGUGUCAAUGCUAAGUUGCUUGGUGUCCAUGGCCCCAUUGCUAAACGUGCCCCUGGGCAGGCGAUCCUGGCUUGAGGCAGUUGAAGCAUGCACAGACCAUUUCCUUCACUAGAUGGAACUCAUGAGUUCUGUUUUUGCUUUAGCUAGUAUAAUUCCCCAUGCUUGAACGAGUGUUAAGUAAAGCUGGCUGCUGGCUGCAGUAUAAUCUACUUCUGUAGUUCUUUACUGUAGACCGUUUCUCAUGGUGGAGGUUUACAUAUCUGCAGUUGUCCUGUUUUAGCACUUUCUUGAGAUUGUUAUCUACAAGUGCUGGAGAAUUUUCUGGAUCAUCCAUGAAUGAUGUAUAACUGUUGCCUAUGCUCAAUCACCUAGUGUGGCCUUUUCAUUGA